CGCUGCGCUUUGUGAAUGGUCCGGUGUCUCAUGAAAGCGCAGCACUUCUUGCACAUGCGCAAUGGGCACCCGGCUGUCACAGAUGCCUGUACUGUCCGCAGUUUCUGGUCAUCCCCUGUACUAUGUCCGCAGCCUCUGGUCAUCCCCUGUACUGUGUCCGUAGUCUCUGGUCAUCUCCUGUACUGUGUCCGCAGUCUCUGGUCAUCCCCUGUACUGUGUCCGCAGUCUCUGGUCAUCUCCUGUACUGUGUCCGCAGUCUCUGGUCAUCUCCUGUACUGUGUCCGCAGUCUCUGGUCAUCUCCUGUACUGUGUCCGCAGUCUCUAGUCAUCUCCUGUACUGUGUCCGCAGUCUCUAGUCAUCUCCUGUACUGUGUCCGCAGUCUCUGGUCAUCUCCUGUACUGUGUCCGCAGUCAGUCUCUGGUCAUCUCUUGUACUAUGUCUGCAGUCUCUGGUCAUCUCCUGUAUUGUCCGCAGUCUCUGAUCAUCUCCUGUACUGUCCGCAGUCUCUGGUCAUCUCCUGUACUAUGUCUGCAGUCUCUGGUCAUCUCCUGUAUUGUCCGCAGUCUCUGAUCAUCUCC